UGCGGCUGUGCAGAGGGCAGUCAGGCGCUUGCUCUCCUGCAGGCGCAUUCUAGCGGCGCAGGCUACACUGGGUCAGAAUGUUGUUGGCAGCAGAAAAGGCAAGGGGUCAGGGCAGUUGGAAAGCGACAAGUGACACUUGAACGGUGACUCACAACUGAGAGGUCUCUCUGGACAGAACACCAUGAAUGAAAUCACUUAACCAGCUGACUCAUUCACGCAUACAGGUCUGUGCUGUGCCAUGCACUGUUACAGAAAACAGGAUAGGCCCUGUUCUGGAGGGCUCCACCCCCAGCGGCACCCACCGGUCAGUUUAUGAUCUGAACAAAAACCACAGAGGAGUUCUCUUAAAGAGAUCAUCACCAUACUAUGAAAACGCUAAUCAGAAGGAAAUAAAGUUAAAUGACAAGGGCCCUCAAAAGAACAGCAACAACAGCAGCAGCAACAACAGCAGCGGCAGCAACAACAGCAGCAGCAGCAGCAACAGCAGCAACAGCAGCAGCAACAACAGCAGCAACAGCAGCAGCAGCAACAACAGCAACAACAGCAGCAACAGCAGCAGCAACAACAACAACAGCAGCAGCCACAAUAGCAACAACAGCAGCAACAGCAGCAGCAGCAACAGCAGCAGCAGCAACAGCAACAACAACAGCAGCAGCAACAACAGCAGCAACAGCAGCAGCAGCAACAACAGCAGCAACAGCAACAACAACAGCAGCAGCAACAACAGCAGCAACAACAGCAGCAGCAGCAACAGCAGCAGCAGCAACAACAACAGCAGCAGCAGUAACAACAGUAGCAACAGCAGCAGCAGCAACAACAUGAGAGCCCAGUCUCAAGGGAAGCCUCACCCUUGGAAGUUCCAAACCCUAACCAAAGCCAUCUGAAUAAGGUGUUUCUGGGACUCCAGUGUGAAAACAAGAUGAGUAGUUCACUCUGGGCCUGUCGAGUCCUGUGCUAAAUUCAGCAGCAGAGAAGGGAGGAGGGGCAAUUUUGUAGAACUUUUGUUGGGGGGAGAGAGAGAGAGAGA